GGGAAAAGUGGUGCUGCUGGACUUCUUUACCUACUGCUGCAUCAACUGCAUGCACAUCCUGCCGGACCUUCACCACCUAGAGCAGAAGCACUCAGUCCAAGGGUCGCGGGCGUGCUGGAGCCUAUCCCAGCUGUCAUCGGGCAGGAGGCGGGGUACACCCUGAACUGGUUGCCAGCCAAUCACAGGGAACAUUGAAACAAACAACCAUUCGCACUCACAGUCAUGCCUACGGGCAAUUUAGAGUCUCCAAUUAAUGCAUGUUUUUGGGAUGUGGGAGGAAACCGGAGUGCCCGGAGAAAACCCACGCAGGCACGGGGAGAACAUGCAAACUCCACACAGGCGGGGACGGGGAUUGAACCUCGCACCUCAGAACGAUGGAUUGGUUAUUGUUGGCGUACAUUCGGCCAAAUUCCCCAAUGAAAAGGUUCUGGACAACGUCCGCAACGCCGUGCUUCGGUACGACAUCCGCCACCCGGUAGUGAACGAUGGCGAGGCGUGUCUUUGGCACCAGCUGGAGGUCUCCUGCUGGCCCACGCAAGUGCUGGUGGGCCCACGGGGCAACCUGCUCUUCUCGCUGGUGGGCGAGGGCCACCGCGACAGGUUGGCGGUUUUUGCCGACGUCAGCCUCCGUUAUUACCGGGAGAAGAAGCUGCUGCGGCUGCACCCGGUGGGCGUCAAGCUCUACCGGGACUCCCUGCCCCCCAGCAUCCUGUCUUUUCCCGGGAAAGUCUGCAUGGAUCACGGCAGCGACAGGCUGGCCAUCGCUGACACCGGACAUCACCGGAUCCUGGUGGUGUCCUCUACUUGUCAGUUGUUACACAUCAUUGGAGGACAUGAAAGUGGAAGGCGAGACGGCUCGUUGUCUGAAGCCUCCUUCAACUCCCCUCAGGGUGUAGCCAUGAAGGGCGACGUGGUGUACGUGGCCGACACUGAGAACCACCUCAUCCGAAAGAUCGACCUGUCGGAGGGGCGGGUGAGCACACUGGCCGGCCUCGGUGUCCAGGGUACCGACAAAGCCGGCGGUGCGAUGGGAGAUCAGCAGCCAAUCAGCUCUCCUUGGGACGUAGCGCUUGGCUCAGCCGGUGGCGUUGAGGACAAUGUGCUGUGGGUGGCCAUGGCAGGAACCCAUCAGAUUUGGGCUUUGUUCCUAGCAGAUGGAAAACUGCCCAAAGGAAGCGAGUCCAAGACGGGGACGUGCGUGCGAUGGGCAGGUAGCGGCAGCGAGGAGAACCGGAACAACGCCUACCCGCACAAGGCGGGCUUCGCCCAGCCCUCGGGCUUGGCCGUGGCCCCCGAGGAGCCGUGGAACUGCCUUUUCGUGGCCGACAGCGAAAGCAGCACCGUUCGCACUCUGGCGCUGAAGGACGGUGCGGUCAAGCUCCUGGUUGGCGGUGAGAGAGACCCGACGGAAAUAUUGCACUUUGUGUCCUGCCACUCUUUGAACCAGAACCUAUUUGCUUUCGGGGAUGUGGACGGGAAGGGCGUGGACGCCAAGCUGCAGCAUCCGCUCGGCGUGGCGUGGUCCCCGCAGCAAAACUUGCUCUAUGUAGCCGACUCCUACAACCACAAGAUUAAAGUGGUGGACCCCAAGACGAAGCAGUGCAGCACUCUGGCCGGAACAGGAGAAUCAGGCGACACUGUGGGUCCUGACUUCAUCACGUCCCGCUUCAAUGAGCCCGGCGGAAUCUGCGUGGGCGCCGGUGGCAAACACCUCUAUAUCGCUGACACAAACAACCACCAAGUCAAAGUACUGAACCUCCACUCCAAGAUUGUCUCACUGUUCCUUAUUUCCUCAGACUGCACAGACUCGACUCCUGCCAAAGCAAAGGGUCCCACCAAAACCCCCAAGAUUCCCCGAGGGGCCGUCAGAGUAGACAUGCCGCCAGUGUCGGUGAGUGCCGGGCAAACCCUCGUCAUGUCGCUCGCGCUGUCGCUUCCCGAAGGAGCCAAACUCACCGACGAGGCGCCGAGCUGCUGGGCCCUCUCCGCCGAAGGUGAUGAGUGGCUGCUAGAUGCUCAGGCGGUCACCGGCGCUAUCACGGAUCUGUCGAAGCCGCUGCACGUCACCGCCAAACUUCCGGAAGUUCCCAAGAAAGUACAUGCGGGCCUCACGCUGAGCGUCUGGCUGUAUUUCUGCACGGCGGCGGGAGCGACCUGCACCAUGAGAGCGGCGGCUUUCUACCAGCCUCUCCAGCUAAGUGACAUUCCUGCCACAGGGGAAGUCACUGUGACUUUGACGCAUUUCCUCUAAAAAAAAAAAAAAAAAAAUUGGAUUUGAUUUUGAAACAAUUUUUUUUCUACAAAAAAUAAUGGAAACCGAUUUCACAUGCAUAAAGCCAAUACGCUAUACAUUACAGUGCAAAAGUCAGAGGUCAACACUGGCUUUGUUUUUAUGGAGACUGCAUCCAUUUAUUUUUUAUAUGAAAAGCUAUAAUAAUAUAUAAUAUCAUCAUAAUAAUAAUAUAUUAAACUAAAGUAAUAAUAAUAAUGAUAGUAGUAGUAGUAAUAAUAAUAAUAAUACAGCUCUCAAACAGAUAUGGGAAAAUGUGUUAUGGUCCAAUAAAAGCAAGGUUGAACUUAUUCCAAAAGGUGUGAUUGGCGCAAAAACAACACUGCUUAUCACCAAAAGGAUAGUAUAGCCACAGUGACGCAUGGUGAUGGCAGCAUGAUUGCUUUUGGGCUAUUUUACGAUAGCUGGAUCUAAGGACCUGAGACAAAAUGGGGUUGGAAUUAUAAACAGUUUGAAAUAGCUGUCAAUGUUAGCAUAAAACCUUCAGGCUUCUGCUACAAAGCCAAAAAAAGAGCUAAGUUACUGUUCAGAAUUGUGUACAAAUGAAUAUCUGCUAGUUAGCAUUAGCAUCAAAGCUAACUUUAUUGUACAUAGUAACGGACCAACCGAAUACUCUCUAGUUGGCACUAGAGCUAAUGUUACUGUUCAAGGUUGAGUACAAAUGGGUAGCUCUCUAGAUAAGAUCAGCACUAAAAUGACUGUUCGGAAAUGUGUGCAAACCAAUUAGUUAUUGUUGUCAUCAGAGCUAACAUUACUGUUCAGUAUUGUGUACAACCCAACUGUUCUAGAGUUCGUGUCAGUAUCAGAGCUAACAUUACUAUUUGGAAUUUUUUACAAACAGACUGUUCUCGAUUCAGCACCAUAGCUAACGCUAUUAAGUGUUCAGUGUACGGCUCUUCAAAGGUUGCUAAUAUCGCAUUAAAUGUCGCUGAUAUCAAAGAGCAAUAAUGAAUCAACUUCUUUCAAAAUGGAACAGAAGACGUUCUUGAUCUCUGAAGGGAAUCAAAAUGUCACAAGACACUGGUAACAGGUUUGCUCCACCUCUCCCUAAAGUGCCUUGAAAAACGAUAGGCAAAUCAUUUUUUGAUUCGCUGCCAUUGAUGGCUUUUUAAUUCAAGUAUCCAUAUUCACAUAGAGGACUGGCAGUGAAUGAGUUUUAAAAAGCAAUAAGACGGCUCUAAUAAUUCAAACUAGCUUAAGUUUGCUUUUUUUGUGGGGCGGAGGGCUACUUUAUUACAAUUAAUCCCUUGACUCCCCCCCAAGACUCCCACCUUCCCCGGGCCCCUGCGUGGUAGGUGCCCUGGGUCACCGUGGGGCAAGUAAACAUUCAGGGAACACCAAACAAGAACCUUGUGGAUGUUAAAUGCUCUUCAAGCAAUUUGGCCUAAUCGCAAUGAUGGUCUCAAGGGGGACCACACGCCCUCCUGUACUCAUUGCAAGGGAAUCAUUUAUCUUCUCGUGUGACGUAAGCACCCAGGCAGUCCGGAAUAGUGGUGCCUCUGCCUCCUGAGGGAUUUCAAUAUGGGAGAAAUCUGUCUGUCAAAACAACUUUAAAAAAAAUAAAAAUAGGGAAUGCGUCAAGAGCCUAAAUCCAUUUUGUGUCGCUGUCUGUUCAAGGGUCUAAAAUUUAGGGAAGGGCAAUAUGCCCUAAAAAGAUUUUGUUUUCCCCCCACAAAAAUCCAAUUUCUGGUUUUAAUUGAAUCAGUUUAUUUUGUGCCUCUUUUGCUUCGAGACAAACUAAAUGAAAUGAUAAUA